UCUUCUUCUUCUCUACAAUUCCAGAAGAAGAGAACUUUCCAGAAUCUCAAAUUGGUAAUGGCAGAACACUUAGCUUCAAUUUUCGGUACCGAAAAAGAUAGAGUGAAUUGCCCUUUCUACUUCAAGAUCGGUGCUUGUAGACAUGGAGAUCGAUGUUCCAGGCUCCACACGAAACCCAGUAUUAGUCCGACGAUUCUCCUCUCAAAUAUGUAUCAAAGACCUGAUUCAAUUACCCCUGGUGUUGAUGCUCAAGGCAAUCCUAUUGAUCCUCGCAAAAUCCAGGAACAUUUUGAGGAUUUUUAUGAAGACUUGUUUGAAGAACUGAACAAGUAUGGAGAGAUUGAGAGCCUGAAUAUUUGUGACAAUCUGGCUGAUCACAUGGUUGGUAAUGUUUAUGUUCAGUUUAGUGAGGAAGAGCAGGCUGCAAAUGCACUGAAGAAUCUUACUGGGAGAUUCUAUGCCGGAAGGCCCAUCAUUGUUGAUUUCUCUCCUGUGACUGAUUUUCGUGAAGCCACCUGUCGACAGUACGAGGAAAAUGUCUGCAACCGCGGUGGAUAUUGCAACUUUAUGCACCUCAAAAAGAUCAGCAGGGAAUUGCGACGUCAGUUGUUUGGAAGGUAUAGGACAAGGCACAGCAGAAGCAGGAGCCGAAGCCCUUAUAGGCAUCGCAGCUAUGAAGACCGCUCUCACAGGAGUCAUAGUAGAAAGCAUGAUGAAAGAGACCAUUAUUAUGAGAGUCGGAGCAGGAGGAACAGAAGUACAAGCCCUGACCACAGGAGGGGUAGGAGUAGGAGUCCCGGUGGCAGGAGAGACCGAAGUCCAGUUAGGGAUGGCAGCGAAGAGAGGCGCGCAAGAAUUGAGCAGUGGAACCGGGAAAAAGAACAGGCAGAACUUGAUAACAGGGCUAAUGCAGACAGUAACUACAAAAAUGAAAGCAAUGAGAAUGGAUCUGCUCCUAACCAAGAUCAAUAUUAUAAUCAACAAUGACAAGAAAGUGCAUAUGGAUAAUGAAUGAAUAUAUCGUGCUGGUUUGUGUCCUUAUCCCUUAUGAUUUUUGAUGCUUUUGUUCUGUCCUAAUGUAUUGUCUUCUGAGAGGGCCACCUGCCGUGUAAUAGAGCUUAAUGCCCAUUUUCUACUUGCAGGGGGUGCAGGUUUUCAAUUCUUUGAUAAGCUAUCUGAAAAGUUUUCGACCUUUAAUUUUUUUGGUGUUCUGGCUUUAGAUAUGCUUCUUUUUGUGCAUCAUUCGUUGUUUGUUAUUGCAUCUACCCUUUGAAUUAUUAUUUCAAGUUGAAAUAGUGGUUUGAACAUAAAUUAUCAUUGAAUUUGUAGACUUGAAGUUCCACCCACAAUUUUCAACUGUCACAAACUUCUUAUCCCAAAAACAUAGCUAUUUGAACACAACUUCAACCACCUGCCCUAAAUGUUUGUGUCAUUUCAAUUUGUUUUACAAUUUUGAACUUCUGUUGAGUGUUAUAGGGUGUAUACAUUUUUCUUUGACUUAUUCGUUUUGAUGUGAAAUUCCUCAACAUUUAUCCUAUGUGACAUUGUUCAAAUUUCACAAACUAUUGUGUUAUUGUUUGGGAGAAAAAUAUGUUGUCACAAAGUUUCAAAAACUUGUCGAAUUGGUGGUAAAUUCUCUGCACUGUAAUAAUACCAGUUUCGAAAAAAGAAAAGAAAAAGGAACUCUGAAUAUCAUACCACUUCUACAUGUGCUAUCAUCAAAUGAAUGCUCAUCAUUAAUUUGCCUUUUAAAGUGACUCAUGCAGUGUUGCCUCCCAAAAAGCAUUGUCGUGUAACGUUUCUGUUACAGGGUUUUCCCACUGCAUAUAAACUAUUCCAUAAUUGUCAGGUAGGAUUGGAUCAUGUAAAAAAGUAAUAAUAAACUCAUCUCAUGCAGUGUUGCCUUCCCAAAAAGCACUGUCGUGUAACGUUUCUGUUACAGGGUUUUCCACUGCAUUAACUAUUCCAUAAUUGUUCAGCUAGGAUUGGAUUAUAAAAAGUGAUAAUAAACUUAGCUUGUCAUAACAUUUCUUGGUCAUCCAUUUGUUCUUCUAGGUUAUCCAGGCUGAAAUGUCCUUUUUCGGGAUCUAGGUUUAGGUCUUGCAUUUUAAGGGCUUUGUAAUAAGAGACUUGCAUGAUGUUUACUUGUAUAAUCUUUUGCAAAUGCAUUGUGUGCUUGUUUGUGCAGUCAGGUUUCUUAUGACCAGAGCUCAUCCAGGCUAGUAGCUUUCAAACUGUUGUUUGGCCUUUUUCUUCAUUUUUAUUACUGCUUACCGGGAAAUGUAUACAGGUUGUGGAGCCAAAUCAGAGGAUAUAUACCAACAGGUUUGAUUUCACAGGCAUUUGCAGGGACGAGAGAAGAAUGACCGAUCUGCAGGUGGAGACGACAAAUGUUCUAGUUCUUAUUCCUUUAGUCUACUUUUAGGUUAGGGUAAUGCAACUUCGGAACUUGGAACUGCUAGUUUUGCAUCCUUCAGACUACUGUUUGCUAUUAUGAAUCGCGGUGAACUUAUACGAGACCAGUCUAAGGUCCUAAAUGCUCAGUCGUCUAGAAAAGAAACUUGAUGAUAUUAUUUAGGUACUUCUAUCUUUUACUUGGUUUUUGGUCUUCGAACUAACAGUACGGUCUGUACUGUGUGUAUGUUGGCGUUUGGACAAUAUUUGGUUGAAGUUUGAGUUUAACUGACUGUGAUGUUA